AAUAUAUCGAUCGACAGUGAGUGGGCGACGUUAGUUAUCGUUCUCCAUCCUGCUCGCUCGCGAGCGUACAAAAAUUAAGGUUCUGGUUCGCAGUAACUCCGCGCUCGUCGCGAGACUGGCGGAAAGCCGGAAAGGAGUCCAAGAGGCAGCAGUGGCAGAAGAGUUGCUUUGAAACGGUCGAUAGGAGGGAGUUUCUUGAUCAGAUUGGCAGAAGAAUUGCUUUGAAACGCUCGAUAGGAGGGAGUUUCUUCAGGUGUUCGAUCAGGUUUCUAUGAAGACCCACUUGUCUUGUUGAACUAACAAUAAACAUGAACAAUUUGAAUAAUGUGGAACAUCUCUCAUUUGCAAGAUUCCUUUUGCCUUUUUGAUCUUAAAAGACAUGGCAAAAUCUGGAAACGUGGCACGCAGCAGUCUUCUUAGAAAUCCAAAAGAGAAUAUGAGGCUUACGGUAGCCAUAGCCAUCAUAUUUGGAAUUGUUUUAGGUUUCUUUGGUGGAAUUUCAUUCCCAUCAUCGAAUGUAGCAAAGCUCCGCUUGAACAAUAGCAUCACGCCAUAUAUGGAGGACCGGAAGUCAAGCCUUGAAACUGAAGCAUUGUUGAGCCCUACUUCUGCUUCAGCACAUAGUCCCAACAGGAACGAUUCAUUACCACCUUAUGACGAUUCUCAAAAGAUCUACAUUCCUACAAAUCAUCGUGGUGCAGAAAGACUUCCACCAGACAUAAUAGUAUCCGAGUCAGAUCUCUAUCCACGAAGGUUAUGGGGCAAUCCAAGUGAGGAUUUGCAGAUCCAACAGAAGUUCCUUGUGACUUUCACAGUUGGAUAUGACCAAAAAAAAAAUAUUGAUGCGGCUAUUAAAAAGUUCUCCGAGAAUUUUACAAUCAUGUUGUUCCAUUAUGACGGUCGGACAAGCGAGUGGGAUGAAUUUGAGUGGUCCAAGAAGGCAAUUCAUGUCAGUGCAAGAAAACAAACUAAAUGGUGGUUUGCGAAGCGCUUUCUACACCCUGAUAUCGUGGCCCCAUACGACUACAUAUUCAUUUGGGACGAAGAUCUUGGAGUCGAGCAUUUUAAUGCCGAAGAAUACAUUAAGUUGGUAAAGAAACACGGCCUAGAAAUUUCACAGCCUGGCUUGGAGGCAAACGAACAUUUAACAUGGAAAAUGACAGAGAGGAGAAGGAACAAAGAAGUCCACAAGGAAAGUGAGGAGAAAAGUGGAUGGUGUCCUGACCCUCAUCUUCCUCCAUGUGCUGCGUUUAUUGAGAUAAUGGCGCCUGUUUUUUCCCGAGAGGCCUGGCGUUGCGCAUGGCACAUGAUUCAGAAUGACCUGGUUCAUGGAUGGGGUCUUGAUUUUGCACUUAGAAGAUGCGUGGAGUUUGCUCAUGAACGUAUCGGCAUAGUUGAUGCACAAUGGAUUGUUCAUCAAGGUGUUCCUACACUUGGAAAUCAGGGCUUGGCACAGAAUGGAAAAUCACCACGGAAAGCGGUGGAAGAUCGGUGCAGAGAGGAAUGGAGAAUGUUCCAAGAUCGCAUGGCAAGUGCAGAGAAGGCAUAUUUCGAAACCCAUGCGAAGCCGUAGUUGUUCAGUGUUUGUUAUUAUCCCUAAUUAGUGGAUUUAAUGAUAAAUUAUGCAUAUAAAUACAAACUGAAUCCAUUAAUAUGAUCUAACUUAGGCCUUUUAAGUUUCAAUGGUUGAAUGUAGAUUUUGUAUGUGUAGAAUCUAUAGUCUCGCAUCUAUUAUUAUAUAUGGACUAAUAAUAGAUGCCCACUAUAUAUAGAGUGAGUCUCAAAGGUUUAGGACAUUAUUUUAACACAACUCAUGGCUCCCAUUAAAUAAACUCCUUGGAAAACAUUCCUUUUGCUUCUGCUUCA